AUGGGGUGCAUAUGUUCAAAAGGAGCCAACGUUAACAAACAUGAUGCAGCAAAGAAAGAGUUGGACGGAAGCAAAUCUCCAACUGAGCUAUCUCUACCGGUACCGGUGGAGGUCAUAGUGAAAGGCAACAACGGCUCCUCUGUGCACUCCCGAUUGUCGGUAAAAUUGAGCUUGCAAUCGAGUUAUGUUAAGGCUGAACACGUCGAACAAAACCCCAAGAACAAGAUCAUCGACCGGCCCGCUAGCGGAAGAGGGAAGCAAGCGCCAGUCCCAAGUAUCACGAGACUUCCCCUCGGCACCAAAGGCGAGGGGUGGCCGCCCUGGCUCACUUCGGUUGCUGGGGAGGCAGUCGAAGGAUGGAUUCCCCGGAGUGCGGACUCAUUCGAGAAGUUAAAGAAAAUCGGACAAGGGACGUAUAGUAGCGUCUACAAGGCUCGCGAUCUCAAGAGCGACAAGUUCGUAGCAAUGAAGAAAGUGAAAUUCGCUCAGAUGGAUCCAGAGAGUGUUCGUUUCAUGGCGAGGGAGAUUAGCAUCCUUCGACGGCUAGACCACCCGAACGUGAUGAGGCUUGAAGCCAUCGUGAUAUCGAGCGUAUCAGGGAGUUUGUACCUCGUGUUCGAGUACAUGAAGCAUGACCUAGCCACACUUUUAGAGUCUUCCAAGUUCAAAUUCACCGAACCACAGAUCAAAUUCUAUAUGCAGCAAAUUUUACUCGGGCUUGAGCAUUGCCACAGCCAGGGAAUUCUUCACCGUGAUAUUAAGGGUGCAAACAUCCUCGUCGACAGCAACGGAUCUCUCAAGAUCGGGGACUUCGGCUUGGCCACAGUCCUCAACCCUCGCAAGAAGCGCCAGUUAACGAGCUGUGUUGUGACUCUGUGGUACCGAGCCCCAGAGCUUUUGCUCGGAGCAACGAAUUACGGAGCAGAAGUUGAUUUAUGGAGUGUUGGUUGCAUUCUUGCUGAGCUCUUCACAGGGAGGCCUAUCAUGCCUGGAAGAACAGAGGUGGAACAAACACACAAGAUAUUUAAGCUCUGUGGCUCACCAACAGAAGCCUUCUGGAAAAAGACGAAGUUACCACUUGCGAGCAGCUUCAGAUCGCAGCGUGUCUACAAACGUAAUAUAUCACAGACGUUCAAGGACUUCCCCUCGUCUGCGCUGGAUCUUCUCGAAGUCCUCCUCUCCAUAGAUCCACAGGAACGGGGCACUGCUUCUUCUGCGCUCAAGAGUGAGUUCUUCACUUCAAUGCCUCUGCCCUGUGAGCCAUCUAAAAUGGCGAGGUACCCUUCAAGUAAGGAGCUCGGAGCCAGGGCUAGAGAUGGGGAAGCAAAAAGGUACCGAAGAGGCAAGAGCGUUAAAGGAGGCCAAGGAUAUAAGAUUUCAAACACACAGAAAGCUAUUCCAGGGGGACAGGGGAAACCUAACAAGAGCACAGGUUAUCAGUAUAAUCUAGACAGUGCCUUCCCUAUUGUGGCACCCAGAGUUAGCAUUGGACGUGCUCACCAGUCGAAGUCUGUGAUCCACCCAAACACAGCAGGAUACUCUUGGAACAAGAAGAUGAAUGAUAGUCCCAACCAUUCAGUCCAUGGCCUACGCCACCAGCAGCCUGCAGAGCUCAUGAGACAGGGGACAGAACUAUGUCAACCUAUAGUAGGCUCCUUCGACUUCCAUCCAAAGAAUGGCAGAAGGAGAUUUAAUAACGACUCAACAUUUCAGGGAUACAUGCCAAUAAGAAACAAAAUAAUUUACUCGGGGUCGUUUAUGCCUCUGGGAGGGAACAUGGGGGAAAUAAUUAAAGGGCACGGGAGGCAAAUCCAAGUAGCCAUGCACAAGGCACAGCUCAACAAAGUCAGGUCAGACCAUGAAGAUCGAGACACUCUGAUGAUAAACGAACAGCAACGAUAAAAAAUAGAUCUACUAUGGAUGUAAUUGCCUUAAAAGGAUUAAUGUAGAAGCAUAAUUUGUCGCGGGCAGAAGAUGAGUCUCAAACAAGCUGAAGGAGGGAAAGCUCCACUAAUGUUAGUUCAGUGUUAGUCGAGUAAAUUUAAGUAAAACAUACGACUCUAUAAGGAUAUUUAUAUUUUUGGGCAGAAAAUGUAGAU